AUCUGACAUGAAGUAACACACCUUUAAAGUGUGAGAGCAAUGUGGGCACAUCGGCUGUUUAAAAGCUAAUGGAGUUUCCAGAAGGGACCAGCUUGAAGGUAGCGAACACAAGCUUAAUAUUUUAUUCUUCAUUAAGCUCGUACUACUUAACACUCGUACUUUACUGAGGCGGAAGGCAGCUCUAAAUAUCAAGGGAUAUGAAUUACAGUUUGAGGUGCAAGAUGAAGUUUUUUCUUCUGAUGAUUUUCUGCUUGAUCAAUUCACCUGUAGCUAAUUGUCAUCAUCGAAGCAGUGACUCUAGUUCGGAUAGCAGUGACUCUGACAGUGAUGAGAAUCGCCGCCCAUGGCCUCAGCCGAAUCCUCCCUGGCCUACCUUCCCUUUCUGGCAUCUUAUUCCUGGUUUGUUUCCGCCGCCACCGCCACCUACUGCCCCACCUCCACCUCCAACACCAAAACCAACUACUACGACCCCAAGUCCAACUACAACCCCAACUACAACCCCACAGACCACGGUUACUCCUACCACUGAGAGUCGAGGAGACAGCGGAUGAACUGUACUGAUCUGAGAGCAGGAAUAGCAGAUUGAAUGCGGUGUGUGUUUUUUGCAUUUAUGUAUGUUGGUUAUAUUUUAUCAUGUUGAAUCAAUUUUUGAAUCAGAUUUUAUUGACUUUUAUAAAUAUAUAUAUAUAUAUAUAUAUAAAUGCAUUUAUUUGCAUGUUUCACAUUUCAGUAUUUAUUGUUCAACUCUGUUUUCAUGCCACAGUCCAUCUAAAAAUCUGAACAAUGUAAAGAUAUAUUCAGAUAGCAGUGAGUGAUCUGAGACAUGUAAGUUGAGACCGGCACUUUGUCAGGGUGUAAUUAUGAGUUUUGUCGGAGGCUGGUCUCCGGACUGUGCUGGAGACGCCUGUGGGAAGAUGCUGACGAAACACUGGUGUUAAUAUCCACUCAGUGGGCACACACAUCACCAUGGCUGGAUCAACACAGCUUAAGAAAGGGAUGAGUGUUGAGCCUUUAAUACCUGACUCUUUGCUUCAUCAGUGAAGUCUGUCACACUGUACUUUUAUCAUGACUCAGCCUCUUGACUAAUAUUCACAUUUAUCGCAUUGCACUGCAAACUCUUUACGGUAUUUAUUCACAGACACUUAUAUAAAAAAAAAAAGAACAACUGCCUUAACUUUCUAACAAUUGCACACCUGUGUCUUAAUAUACAGCGUAAUCACAGUCCUUCCAUGUGUUAUGUUUGUGCCAAAACAGUGGGUUUUGCACAGCCACUCAUUAUGAAUGUAAUUUUAUGUCCACGUUUGCUGGAAUGUCAAUUUAACUUGCAAACUUUGUUAUGUGAACCGGCCAAACAAUAGGCAGAGGUUGAUGAAAAUCAAUACUUUUGAAACAUGCACUGAAUAAUUACUUGUGUGUAUUUUAUAAUUUGUAUUUGAUGGGGGUUUUGAAAAAUAAAAUAAAAUUUGAAUUAAAA